GUGUAUUAUCUGGAAUUGGAAUACAGGGGAUCGUAACCGCUGAUGACGAAACGCCAAUUCUGUUGGGAGUAACUUGGACCAAUCGUAUAAGACCACGAUCGCAAUGGCGGCGUGGCUGAACAGUUUUGCGUUAUCGGGUGGUUAGGUAGAGGCUUCUAAAGCCAGCAAGUUUGUUUUCUUAUGUAUUAAAAUAUUCAUAUUAUCGUGGCUCAGUUUUUUAUUCAGUCAUGUAUCAUUGUGGUUUAUUAUUGGUCUUAUUGGAUCUGUCUUUGGAUGUGGUUGGGAGUGUUUCUCAAUUAGAAAUUGACAGGCAUUUGGAAUUAGGUAGAGAGUUUUUAGCAAAAGGACAGUUACAGGAUGCGCUGUCACAUUAUCAUGCAGCUGUUGAGGGAGAUUCAAAUAACUAUCUAACAUAUUAUAAAAGGGGCACAGUUUAUCUAGCAUUAGGUAAAGCCAAAUUUGCGCUCCUUGACCUUGAUAGAGUCUUGGAAUUGAAGCCAGAUUUUACUUCCGCCAGAUUACAACGUGGCAAUGUAUUGCUUAAACAAGCCCAAUUCGAUAAAGCAGAGGCUGAUUUUCGAGAUGUUUUAGCAGUCGAACCGCAGAAUUCAGAUGCCUAUAAUGCCUUAUAUAAAAUAGCACCUGUCCAAGAAGAUUUGUUAGUUAUAGACAGAUUAAUGGUUGACGGUGAUUAUGCAGCAGCUGCGCAACAAAUUUCCAGAGUUAUCGAAGUAUGUCCAUGGUCGGCUGAACUUAGGGAACGUAGAGCAGAAUGCUACGAGGCGCUUGAAGAUUAUGUUAGCGCUAUUUCUGAUGUACGUUCUACGACCAAGUUACAAUCCGAUAAUAUGCAAGGAUUUUUAAAAUUAGCCACCUUGCAUUAUCGUCUUGGACAAGUCGACGAAUCUUUAAAGGAAAUUCGAGAAUGUUUGAAACUUGAUCCGGAGCAUUCAAAGUGUUUUUCAUUUUAUAAGAAAGUUAAGAAAGUGGCAAAACUGUUAACAGAUUCGAAUGAGUACGAAAAUGAAAGAGAUUACGCUAGUUGUAUAGACUCUGCUCAAUCUGUACUUAAACUCGAACCGCAAGUAGCUAACGUGCGUUUCAUUGCUCAUCAGCAUCUUUGUAAAUGUUAUACCGGUAAUUCAGAACCAAGUCAAGCAAUAAAAAAUUGUCACGAAGCGUUAAAAAUAAGAAAAGAAGCUGCGGUAUAUUGCGACAGGGCAGAAGCGUAUCUCGCUGCUGAGAUGUUUGACGAUGCGAUUAGAGAUUUUAAAGAAGCUUUAGAAAUUGAUAUGAGUCUACAAAGGGCGAAGCAAGGUCUUCAUAAAGCGCAACAACGACAAAAACUUUCUGAAUCACGAGAUUAUUACAAAAUUUUGGGUGUGCCAAGAACAGCAUCUAAACGUGAUAUUAUCAAAGCAUAUAGGAAAGCUGCGCAAAAAUGGCACCCCGAUAAUUUUCAAGAAGGGGAGGAGAAGAAACGAGCAGAGAAAAGAUUUAUUGACAUUGCAGCUGCCAAAGAAGUAUUGACUGACGAUGAAAAAAGAGCGAAAUUUGAUCAAGGAGAAGAUCCAUUAGAUCCUGAAUCAGGGAAACAUCAACAAGGUUUCAAUCCCUUCCAAGAAUUCCAUCACUUCCAUGGCUCUCCCUUCCAAUUUAAGUUCCAUUUUAAUUAGUAAUUCUUUUCAUCUUCACGGCGUUAGGUCAAAUAAAAUUCCUAAUUUUUCAUAGUAUGAAAAUAUUAAAUCGCUAUGUAUGCAAUAUGACAUUUGCUAGCUGAAAUUUAAUUUUGUUAAUCUACCUCGUCGGUAGGUCAUAUGUCUCGUAUCUGCAUUGAAUCAGAAGACUGUACACGGAAAAUUGUUAAUGAAUCAGUAAGUCAAGAAAAAGUGACCAAUAACUAUAAUAAUAAUAAAUGAUAAACAUAAUAAAUGAUGAAUCGUAACACAUGAUUAAGAAUUAUGUUGUUCGAAUCACACGAACUAUAAAAUAUCCUCUCAUUGUCAGUUUUCAGUCAGUAACUUGUUAUUGAAAUUCAAUAUAUACAUAAUGUAAAUAACGUAUGCAUGUAAUUUAAUAUGUUAGUUAUAAUAAUUUAUAUAAUAUGGAUUGUAAUAACUUUGAGUAAUUGACUUACUGAAUAACUAAUAAACGACAUACUUGAUGCAGACUGAACGUAUAAUUAGUUUUCAGCGAUGUGAAUAUUCGGUACCAUCGAUACCAUAUAGACAUAGAUUUCGUAUCAUUGACAUACGAAACGAAAGUCGUGAUUGAACUCGCAUUUUAAUAAAACUAUAGGAUAUAUGGCGGCGAUAAUGUUGCCGCUACCUAAAUGUUACAGCGGUGGGCUGUGUAUUAUUGAGUUUAGCUUAAAAUCAUGCGACGAUUAGAUGAAGUAAAUACUAUUAAAGCCAUUUUUGGUAAUGUAACGAUCGAGUACAGAUACACUUGAGGUAUGGAUAGCGGAAUCAUGUUACGGAGUGAUUGUAUUCGAAGUUGAUAAACACAUGUAGGACAAUGCUGUGUGCGUGUUGUAUUCGCAUGAGUGUGAGAGAACUUUAUGUAAAUACUGUAUCUCUAAUAUUUGUUUAAAUAUAUUUGAUUAAUUUAUAUA